GGACGAAGGAGGCGGGUUCACAUGUGUCUCUGAUGCAGAGGGAGAGGACGAGAGUCCAGUAAAACAAACAAAACAAAACAAAAACCCGAGACUUUGGUGGACUCUGUCUGGACUCUUGGGAAGUUUUCCUCCCAGAAAAGCUGAGCUUGCAUCUUUUGCUUCCUGGAGCUUCUAAAGCGAUCCUCGAAGAGCUCGAUCUCUCUGCGCUUGUGAGCCGCAUCCUUCCCGGUUUUAGCCGAAUUGAUCCCGAGAAAUGCAGGCUUUGGCGCUCUGGCUGACCGUCGGCGCUCUGCAGCUGUUGACAGCUGUCCAGGGGGGACCCCAACAACAACGCUUUGUCGCGCCGGACAUUACCUGGUCCCUGAGCAAGGUACAAAACUUUGAAUGGGAAAACUGUGGCCCUCCAUCAGAACCUGCAAUAAUCAAGAGUCUCUCUGUCAGUCCUGAUCCAAUUGCUGUCCCUGGAGAUGUGACAAUUACUGCAUCGGGGGCCAGCACUAUACUCCUCUGUGCUCCUCUAAAGGCAAUUGUCAUACUGGAGAAGAAGCUUGGAGAUAUGUGGAUAAAAAUCCCUUGUGUGGAUGAUAUUGGGAGCUGUACCUAUGAUGAUACUUGCGCCAUGCUGGACAGUCUCAUCCCUCCAGGCCAGCCAUGUCCACAGCCAUUGCAAAGUUACGGCCUUCCAUGUCACUGCCCGUUCAAAGCGGGUACCUACAGCCUUCCUACCUCUGAAUUCUUCAUACCCAACAUGGAUUUGCCUUCUUUCCUCACCAAUGGAGACUACAGGAUGAGAGUUGUGUUGAGCAACGGGGACCAAGAGAUGUCCUGCACCAAGUUCUCCUUCUCCUUGCAGGCAGAGAACCGGUGGCUACACUGAGUCUCAGCAUCAAGUGCCAUGUUUCUUCCAGCUUUUUCUAUCCUGUUAUGACUAACAUGAAAAGUUAUUUUGCAGCGUUUAAAGAGGAAGGGUUAUAGUUACUGCUUUUGUGACGGCUGUUAAUUCCUGGGAGCGCAGAUUGGAGAAUCCAUGGAAAGAAUGCUUCUUAUUAGAAAAAGAUGCCUGCCCAUCUAAAACUUAUUAAGGGCCAGAUUGUACAAAUUAUAGCAAUGGGAACCUGCAUACAUUAAGCAUAUGUUUAGCUGGCAGACACACCUGCCAGAUGCAUUGGGCCCAGCCUUGCAACACUCUAUUGGAGGAUUUCCUUAUUAGAUUUCCCUACAUUCCAGAGUCUUAAAUGGUAGAUAAAGGCCUCUUCAAGGCAGGAAGUAGUAGAAGUGCACUGAUAACAGGGUAAUCUGAACCAGGGGUCCAAAAAAAAAAAAAAAAAAACCUGGAGAAAUUACAUUUUCUACUUUGUGGGUGCUCCUUCAGUCUAGCCAGAUUUGGUUACCCCUCUGACACUUUACAGAACCUAUAUGGAGUGGCUCAUUCAGUAUAGCAGAAAUAUUUUUUUUAGGAAUGGACAGUUUCUAAAUAAUGCCUUGUGCAAUUCAACCAGCCUUUUUUCAUCCUGAGAUGAGCUUUGUGAAUGUGGGAGCUAAAAAACAUACUGAGAAAAUCAGGAUUGUUCCCAUUUGUUUGUUUGUUUUUUGUUUUUUUUGUUUUGGCAAUACAUUCCAUUUACACCCUCUUAUUUUAAGUGGUACAUUUUGUUAGCUGGUAUUAUCUACUGCAUAAAAAUGUGUAUCCUUGUCCUUUGUUCUUAAGCUUAAUGUUUUCUUGGGGAGGUGAGUCACAGCAACCAUGAAAAGUAGCUUUAAAAAAAAGGUGAACAAUUUCCAUUUAUAUAAGAACGCACUAACUUUUCUUUUAAAAAACCUAACUGCUUGCAGGGGUAUUGCUGGGCAAAGCAGCACAGAUCCUUCUAAAUGAGCAUUUUUCUCCUUGUUUGAAGACCGGUUUUCUUGUUCCUGAGGAACCAACUAGUUCCACUUACAAACAGGUGUCUUAGAACCCAACUAUCUAUUAUUUUCUAACAUAUCGUACAUCCUAUGCAUUAAGCAAAACUGAUUGUCCAAUUGGAAAAUAAAUUAAUGACCCAGGAGAUAAUCAAAUAACUCAAGACAUCAAUCAAAUAUGGUAUUGUGCCAUAAUUUGAAUGUCACGUGUAUAUUUCCUGUUACAGAAGGUUCAGUGUCCAAACAAUGAUUGCCGAGUGAUUCUCUGAUGCAACGAAAGCGUAUUGUUGCUGUCUCAGCAAAAUAUGUUAAAAUUAGAAACAUUUUCUGAUCACAGCCCUUGAGAAGUAUUAACAAUGAGCCGUCAUAAGCCUCUUUAUGAAUGGAAGGAAGCAUUGGCAUGCUGUUCUUUUGAGCCUUUGUCCUGCUUUGUUACACGAUUUGCUUCUUUUGCACUAGGCUUGCUGUAGUUCUUAUAGCCAACCUGACUCACCAUGGAGUGAUGAGAGAUUCUACUUAUCACCAUCUUGUUAGAA